GAACCCUUGGACUAGCCAAUGAUAAAGGCUAUAUGACAAAAGAAAUCUUUGUUGAUGUUAUGAAACACUUUGUGAAGUGUUCAGGUUUCUCUAAAGAAAAUCCCACCCUUCUCUUAGUUGACAAUGUUGAAUCUCAUUUGUCAACUAGCACUAUAAAUCUUGCUCGAGAAAAUGGAGUAACACUUUUCACUUUUCCUCCGCACUGUACGCACAAACUCCAGCCUUUAGAUUUAGGAAUUUUUGGUCCUUUUAAGUUAUAUUAUGAUAAUGCUAUAAAUAGUUGGAUGAUGAGCAAUCCCGGUCUCCCUGUAACUAUUUACCAUGUAGCAGGAUUUGUGCAAGAAGCUCUAAGUAAAGCAGCUACUCCAUCAAAUAUUAUUGCCAGUUUUAAGAAACCAGGCAUAUUUCCUUUCAACCGAACAGUAUUUCAAGACUCAGAUUACAUCAUGUCUAUGGUAACAGAACAAGAG